AUGACUGACAGCAUAUCGGAUAUUCUAGAUCCCUUCCCCCCGAUAACCGUUCAACUUCCCCGAUCCGAUCGCUUCGAUAACCGAGCUGAGCCUCCCACGCGCAGCUACAAAGCCUCACGCUCCUUGGUCGGUUCUCUCAUGCUGACCGAUGCCGGUCUCUUGACGCACAGCUGGACCAACCCCGGCUCUACAAGUGCAUAA